AGAAUUAAAGGAUAUAAUAUAGUCUAAUUAUUAUUAUUAUUAUAGUGAUAGUUUAUAGUGAUAGUCCACGGGCAGCAGUGGCUCAGUGGUUAAAGGCUCUUGGUUACUGAUCAGAAGGUCAGGAGUUCAGGCCCCAGCACUGACAAGCUACCACUGUUGGGCCCUUGAGCAAGGCCCUUAACCCUCAACUGCUCAGAUGUAUAAAUGAGAUAAAUGUAAGUCGCUCUGGAUAAGGACGUCUGCCAAAUGCUGUAAAUGUAAAUGUAGUGUCAUAGAACAUCGAACAAGGUCAUUAUACAAAUCUAACACAGUUCACUUCAUGUGCAUAAGUGCAGUCCGCAAUAUACAACACCAGACACGAGCAUAUUUAUCUUCCUGAGGGGUGAGAGGUACAGUAAUGAGAGUAAAAUAUGCAGGACACGGCUGAAACAAACGAGACGAGUGAAACUGAUUAGAGGAAGUGAUCAGGAUCAGUGAUCACCUGCACAUGAUAUUCUCUAAUAUCUAAUUGGUUCUGUUUUCCAAAAUAUGAACAGAUGAAUAAUUUACACGGUAAACGUGAUAACGAGCGCUGUUCGAGUGCCAAGUACGCUUUUUUAGGGCCUCUCGUUGUCCCAGUUCAGACACACACCUCUAACACCUAGUGUUCAUGAUCAGCCAUUACACAGGUUCCUACACACCGAUUAUGUCCAAGUGCACAGAGCACGCAAAUGAGGAAAUCGGUGGAAUUUGAUGAAUAGCAGAUUACUAAAAUGUAAAAACAGUGGUAACAGGAAAAGGGUGUGUGUGUGUGUGUGUGUGUGUGUGUGUGUGUGUGUGUUUCUGUGUGUCCUUGCUUGCAUUUUCUAUCUUAGUAAAUAUAUUAAACUGCUGAUUUAUCCGAAACCCCCUAUUUCUGUUUUCCUGUAAAUAACUUGAUGACUCAGGAUAUAAAAUAAAAAGUGAAAGUUUAUUGGUUAUAAAAACCCCACCCCACUGGGUAUAAAUACCCCAACACACCCCUUCAGGACACUCGCUCACACUGACACUGAAUUGAAACAGCCAUAGGAGAGAAAAUCAAGUGACAUUGUAGUCGAUAUGGGAAGUAGCUACAACAAACAGUGGGUUCUCCUGGCAGCGGGUUCUAAAGGUUGGGAAAACUACAGACAUCAGGCCGACGUGUGCCACGCUUACCAGGUCGUGCGCAAGAACGGGAUUCCAGAUGAACAGAUUGUGGUGAUGAUGUAUGAUGAUAUCGCUUAUAAUGAAGAGAACCCUUUUAAAGGUAAAAUCAUUAAUGAACCAGAUGGCCCAAAUGUUUAUACUGGGGUUCCAAAGGACUACACUGGAAAGGAGGUAUCAGCUGAGAACUUCCUGGCUGUACUGCGUGGAGAUUCGGAGGCUGUCAAGAAAACAGGAGGAAAAAAAGUCAUACAAAGUGGUGAAAAUGAUUCUGUCUUCAUCUACUUAUCAGACCAUGGAGGUCAUGGUGUCUUUUGCUUUCCUCAUUCCACACUUCAUGCACAUGACCUUAUUACGACAAUACAUACAAUGUCAAACAGCAGAAAAUUUUCAAAGAUGGUCCUGUAUUUGGAAGCGUGUCAUUCUGGAUCAAUGCUGGAGGAGCUGAAGGACCGCAACGUGUAUGGAGUUGCAGCGUGCAGGCCUGAUGAAAAUAGCUAUGCUUGUUUUAAGGAUAAGAAAAUAAAUGCUUGGCUUUCAGAUGUCUUCACCGCUGUCUGGCUACAUCACACCAAGACAGUGAAACUUAACACGACGUCAUUUGGAGAUCAGUUCGACUACCUGAAGAAAAAAGUCACCGAGGCUGCGAGAAAACCUCAGACGCCAUGUAACUAUGGCGACAUGAACAUAUGUAAAGUAAUGCUGAGUGAAUUUCUUGGCGAAUCACCCGACUCUGUGAGGGGAGCGUGGCCAGGCCAGCCUACGAACUUCCGAGUGUCUGAUGUGGUAGACGCUACAGAAGUUCCACUGCUAAUCCAAGAAUACAGGAUUAAAAAUGAACAGGACCCGGAAAAGAGACAGGCCCUGGAAAGACAGUAUGAUGCGCUUAAAAGAAAGAGGAAGACAGUGGAUGAAGCGCUGCAGAAGAUUGCUGAGCGCACAAACGCUUCACAAGCUCUGACUGAAAAGCGUGAGGUGACUCGGACGUACGAACUCAAACUCGUGGCUGAGCAUUUCAGGAAAAAUCUCUUCAACUGGGAAGAGGAGCCGUUUGUUGUCACUCCUUCACACAUACAGGUUUUAGUGAAUCUGUGUGAACGUGGAUUGCAGGUUCAGAGCAUCACUGAGGCCAUUACUCACGUGAGCUUUGAGAUUGCUUUCUGAAGAAAUCACACACGACGUCACAGUCAUUUUCUUUUACGCUUUUUCUUCUUUCAGUACUCUAAGGACAGCUUUCAGAAAAUGUCUGAUCGGAAUUCAGCAUUUUUUGAUGCUGAAUAACCAAGAAUCAUCCUGCUGCAUGUGCAAUGAAUAAUCAUGUUUAAAUUAUAAAUAACAGAUUUACUGUAAGCAAAAAAAAAAGUUGUUGUUUUUAUUUGUUAAAUCAAUAUAUUUCUAAAGUAAAAUGUGUACAGAGGAUUUUUUUAUAUUUUUUUUUAUUGCAUUUCUUCCAUGAGGCACAUUUUGCCAAACAGAUUUUAUGUCUGAUGUGAAUAAUUUGAAUAAUUUUCCGUAAUUAUAUAAUUCUCAACAGCAGGUUUUACUCACUAGGCAGAUUUGUAAGCUGGGUUAGUAAUGUCUCUUCAUGUGUAUGGAAGUAUAAUAGUGCCAGAUGUCCUCAAGGAAAAAUGGCAUGUUGAAUUACACAAAUUGAAUAAAAACAUAUUGCAAUAAAAA